CUUCAUCGCCAUCCGAGAGAAAACUCCCCCCGUUCCACACAUACAGAGGGCAAACGUGAAAAGUCUCACAGUUCUUCCACAGCAGCCCCACGACCAAGUGAGUGUGCAUCCGUGCCCACUCAUCCUCCCCCUCAAAAGAAAAAAAAAUCACCCCAAUCUCCCCGCGCGUAAAGGGAGGUGUCUCAUGGGUCAGGGAAUUCCUGCGAAAAGUAUUUUGGUGCUCCCAUUGUACCCCAAAGUGGAUGAAUUUGGUGGCUAAAGUGCAAAAAGGAAUUUUUGGGGCGUAACUCUCGGCACCUGCCGUAGGCCAAAACGUCGCUUUUCCCACCCCCCCGAAAGCCUUCCACGCGCCCCCUUCUGAAAUGUGCCACAAGUCUCUCUUUGUGGUCAAAAGUAUCAAAUUUCUGUGACAAAACCACCCAAAAGAUCUUCACAAAAGGGCCAGGCUCUCCUUAAAGUGUUGCGCAAAAAUGUGAUAGGAUCAGCUUAACCAGCAGAAGAAGCUUUUUCCAAAAAUUCAAUAAAAAAAUCCCACAAGUUUUAAAAAUAAAUAAAAAAGAAGAAAAUUUCUACAAAGAGAAAAUGCGUGAAAAUUGGUGGAAAAUGGAUCAAUGGCUGCUGUUUCCAAGGCAAAUAAUCGUGAGGUGAAGCACCUCGAAUCCAUAAUCCUGCACCAAUGAUUCCACUGACUACGUUGGCAGUAUUGGGUGAAUGGUGAGGAUGCCUGGCUAUGGCCCUGAGAGGCUGGCGAUUAUUUGGUGUUGUGGGAACAAUUGUAGCGUACGUCGUUGGUAUCCUCCUGCUCUCGAUCCUCAGUAUUCAGAAUCACAAUCCCCAGCGAUACUCUUCAUCCCGUCUCAGCGAGAGACUCAGCACACCACAUGGAAAGGAAGUCAGUACGGUGGGACGUCGUCAACCGAUACGUUGGUGUCGUGAGCUGAGGUACAUCGAUGGGAGUCUUCCACCACCCAUUGCACGACCACCGAGAAUACUUCACACCCUCCCAGGACAUCGUCCCUUUGUGCUGACCACAAAAGCGCCAGAGCCAACAGUUAGUGCACAAACAUUCGAUAAACACCUUUCGGGAAAAGUUGUGGCUCUGGCUUCAUUCCCUGGUAGUGGCAAUACUUGGCUCCGAUAUCUUCUUCAGCAGGCAACAGGAAUUCUCACUGGGAGCGUCUACAAAGAUUACGGUCUAAUGAAAUCAGGUUUUCCGGCGGAGAAUGUAAAGAAUUCUUCUGUGCUUGUUGUUAAAACCCACGAACGUGGACCCAAAGUAUGGAGUUACUUCAAUCGAGCCAUUCUCCUUGUUCGUGAUCCACUAAAGGCCAUCCUUGCGGAAUUCAAUCGUCAGAGCGGUGGUCACGUAGGGUUCGCCUCUCCAGAUCGUUACAAGCGAACCAAAGGAAAAUACUGGGAACAAUUUGUCCGUAAGCAAUUGAUGGCCUGGGAGUUGAUGAAUGUUGGUUGGGCAAAAAAUUUUACUGGCCCAAUCAAGAUUAUCUUCUACGAUAAGCUGGUGGAUGAUGUCGAAGGGACCCUUCGGGAUGUUCUUCAUUUUCUCAAAUGGCCAAUUGAUGAGAACUUAUUCUCAUGCGCAAUGUCACGCAAAGAAGGAAUUUACCAACGAAAGAAGCGCCUAAUGUCCUUUGAUCCCUUCACAAUGGAAAUGAAGCAACAACUUGAGGAGAAACGUUUGGAAAUUUUUGCAAUUCUCGGACGCAACGAGACUUGAUUGUGAAUUUAUACUCUCACUAAAAGGAUGCUAAAAGAAUCUAGAUUAUUAUUUACUCCAAAAAUAUGUAAGUAUAAUACUGAUCCUAUAUUGCAAAAAAAAAAACUAAAUGUGACGCUAAUAGGAUAAAAGUAAAAGAAUAAAAGAAAAUCAAAUGUCUAUCGAGGUAUUCAGAACUGAGCAAGGAUAUUUUAGACAACUAAGGAAUAUUUUAAUUAGUAUCAUUGUAUUAAAUAUUAUACAUUAGUGUUUUAAGCCGUUCUCUCUUGAGUUUUAUAUUAAGUCAGGGAGAAAGAGAUGGAGGAAAAUGAAGCACUAGCAGCUAAGGAACAAGGGGAUUGUAUUUGUUAAAAAUAAAAAAAAAACGAGGUGUAGUUGUAGGGCCUAAAAACACAUGACAUUUUACGAUGAAGAGACAUCGAUGUCUUGCACUUAAAAAUUUUAAUAAAUGAUGUAAUAUUUAGAGGGACUUGUGUAGAGGAAAAAAAGUAUUUAAAGAACCAUUUUACAACACAACAAAAAAAAAUUGUAUAGAACAUUAUAUUGUUUUAGGAACUUGCACAUUUGUACUCUGAAAAUUUUCAUGGAUUGUGUAGACUUAAUAUAGAUAUUAUAAUGCACUUAAUUCGUAUGUUUUAGAACCUUACAAAGAAAAUGAUUAAGGACACUAUAUACUUUCAAAGGACAACGCUAUACUUAUUGUUUGGUGUAUUUUAUGUGUGUAAGAAAAUGAACCAGAGAUGAAUAGGUAAGAAUUUAAAAAGAAAAAUAUUUUAUUUCGAAGAAUUUGAAAGUAAAUUUAUCAUAUACAGGGUGUCCAGGAAAUUAGAGCAAGAUUUUAACCGCCAGAAGCUUUUGAUUGGAUUGAGAUAUCUGAAAACAUCUGCCGCCAAAAGAUGCGUAAACUCAAAAAGUUUUAUUUGCUUUUUAUUUUAACCCAACGUCCAACGUGAAACAUGAAAACAUUGAAACAUGCGCUCUUUUAUCGCGAUUUUUAUUCUAUGAAUUUUUUUAGAGGACUUUUCUCACUCGGAACGUCUUCUUUGGCCCUUUAUGUGUGAAUUUGAUGCAUUUGUAACAUGGAAAAACAAUUACAUUCAUAAAUAAUUGAAAAAUUAAAAUGUUUCACGUUUGGGUCAGCGUAUGACCCAAAAAACCUUAAAGAGUUAAGUCGAUUUUUUUUUUAUUAUAGCCGUUGGAAUAAAGAAAGCCGGGGCGUAGCCUAACAUCAAAUCAAGUGUAAAAUAAAUUCUAUUUUCUAUUAAUUAGAAGAACAUUAAAAAUGAAUAAGAAAAGAGACUUUGAAGUCUAAUUUUUUGAAGAUUUAGUACUAAAACACAUUAACGGCUAUUUCAUUUGAAUCAACAUCUAAUUUGACAAUUUAUUUGUGCAAAAUCAAACAUUUGACGUUUUUCGUGUCAAACGAUUGUCACUUCUUUUCUAACGAUUGACAUUUAUUUUCUAAACUUUAAUAUUUAUUGUAUUUGUCGUUCUCUUUCUAUUGACUGAUUUUUUGACUGGCAAUUAAUAUUAUUUAUUAAUAUUUAUUUCUUCCUUUUUGAUAUUUUCAAUAAUUUUAAAUAUUCCUCAAGUGAAAAAUAUUCUCUAUUUUAUUCAUAUAUUUUCAAUGAAAGAUUUCAUUUCUCAUAAAAUGUUGUUAGCGCCUUUAGCGGUCAUUUUUCGAACUUCCAAUACACCAAGGAGUUGAAGAUCUUUUUUUGAAAUAUCUAUAAAAAUUGUUAAAUUCGAAUAAAAAGAACUGAAGAUAUGGUUGAAUUUUUUAAUAAAAAUUCAGUCGGCCUUAUUUGCUAAACGGCUUGACCGAUGAGUCAUCAAUUUUUCUUUUUAGUUUCGAUUUUUCUGAAUAUCUUUGAAAAAUUCAAUAUCUUCUCAUCUCUGGCUCUGUAUAGUUUUUAUUACCUAGAUAACACAGAUAAUAUAGGUAAUAUAAAAAAUAUAUCUACCUAUUUAAUAAAAAAAAUGAUUAUAGUCACAAAAAUUCAUUAAUUAUAUAUCAAACAAAUACGUCAUGCAAAUAAGAUAGCGAUAAAACUGAACUAGAAUGCUUCCACGUUAUUUAUAUACUUAUUUAUAUUUAUAAGAAAAAAAACAAGAAACAAAGUAUUUAAAAAAAACCAAUAAUUUAUCAUUAAUUAAUAUUAAUUAGUUCAGACGGAAAUAAUCUUCCACGAGAUGUUAGAAAAAAGAAUUCUAAGAAAAAAAAAGGAAAAUCUGAUGAGAACGUUGAUUUUUAGAUACAGGGUAGAUUUAUUAAAUUAAUGAGUAUGGGCGACAUAGCUAGGUUUUUUAGCAGGUCACCUUAUUUUAGUCCCCCCCUCCUUUCCCUAUGACCGACCAUCUAUAUUAAUUCCAGGGAAUUCUAUAGACAAAAAAUGUUUUAUUAGAGUGCUUUCAUGUUAAUAAAGCAUGUGGUGCAUUUUAGACACGA